AGUUAGUUUUCACCAUGAACACAUUCCUGUCUCUCGUGGUUUUGAGCAUCAGUUUGCCUACCUUGUUGGCGACUCUAGACUAUCGUGCACUGUGGCAGUUCAGGGCCAUGAUCCUCUGUACCAUCCCUGACAGCUGGCCCGCACUGGAUUACGCAGACUACGGGUGCUACUGCGGCAAGGGAGGCUCGGGCACCCCGGUGGAUGAACUGGACAGAUGCUGCCAGGUACACGAUCAGUGCUAUUCUGACUCGUGGCAACAUGACGACUGUUGGGGAAUCUUGGACAACCCCUACACUGAAAUCUAUUCAUUUGCAUGUGAUAAACCAGCAAAGAUAGUCUCCUGCAAUGCUGACAAGAAUCGCCCCUGUGAGAUGUUCAUCUGUGAAUGUGACAGAAUAGCAGCCCAUUGCUUUGCACAAGCAGGUUACAACCCAGAGUAUGAGCACUAUCCUAGCAAAAACUGCAAAUGAAGAAAGUGAGAAUGCUUGAAAAGUGUUCUCAAAGUUGUAUUAAACAGAGCAAAUGGUCUAUUUGUUCAUUCCAGCUGGUUUUUAAUUUAAAGCAGACAGAUUAAAAUUAUUUAUUAUACACGUC